UAUGCUAUUUUAGACAAUGUGAUUAAUGUAGUAUUCUAUCACUUAAGAAACAAAAUGGACUUCAUCUCAGGACAGUCUAUUUUUCUCCUUUUCUGUUUUAUCUUAUCAUGUUUUCUUUUCUUCACCACGGCAAGAUCCCGACGGAGCCCCAGUCAAGUAUCCAUGUCACCCCCGGGACCUCCACGGUUACCUAUAAUCGGAAACAUUCAUCUAGUCGGAAAGAACCCACACCACUCGUUCACGAAACUCUCAAAAACAUAUGGACCAGUCAUGAGUCUUAAGCUUGGAUGUUUAAACUCAGUGGUCAUAGCUUCACGAGACGCUGCGAGAGAAGUACUAAGAACACACGACCUAAUCUUAUCUGGGCGGUACAUAAAUGAAGCGAUACGAUCCAACAAUCAUCAUGAAUUAUCUGUUGGCUGGGUUCAUCCGUCGUCUCCUCGUUUCAGAAUGUUGAGGAGAUUAUUGGUUACUCAUCUGUUCUCUCCGCAACGUAUCGAGGCUACCAAAGCUCUGAGGAUGAAGAAGGUCCAAGAACUUAUCAACUUCAUGAGUGAAAGCAGUGAGAGAGAAGAGCCAAUUGAUAUUUGUCGUGCAUCCUUCAUCACAUCUCUCAAUAUCAUAUCGAAUAUUUUGUUUUCAGUCAAUCUCGGUAGUUACGAUUCCAAAGAUCCCAGUGCGUUUCAGGAGAUGGUGACUGGUUACAUGGAAUCUAACGGAAACCCAGACCUUGCUAACUUCUUCCCUUUUAUGAGGUUUCUUGACUUGCAAGGUAAUAGUAAGAAGAUGAAGGGGAACUCAGAGAGCUUGUUCAAGGUAUUUAGAGGGUUUUAUGAUGCUCGAGUUGUGGAAAACUCAUCGCGUACAAAAGAGAAAGAUGUUUCGAGCAGAGACUUCUUGGAUGCGCUCAUCGAUCUCAAACAAGGAGAUGAACCUGAAAUCAACAUUGACGAGAUCGAACAUCUACUUCUUGAUCUGUUUGUAGCGGGCACUGAUACAAACUCUAGUACCGUGGAAUGGGCAAUGGCAGAGUUACUUCGAAACCCGAAAACGAUGACAAAAGUUCAAGACGAGAUCAAUCAGGUGAUAGGGCAAAACAGUGGCUUCCAAGAGUCUGAUAUCUCAUAUUUGCCAUAUUUACAAGCGGUCAUUAAAGAAACAUUCCGAUUACACCCGGCUGCUCCAUUUCUCCUACCAAGAAAAGCCGAAAUCGACGUAGAGAUUCUUGGAUUCCAUGUGCUUAAAGAUUCUCAGGUUCUUGUGAACGUCUGGGCCAUAGGAAGAGACCCAAAUUUGUGGGAAAAUCCUACUCAGUUUGAGCCAGAGAGGUUUUUAGGGAAAGAGAUUGAUGUAAAAGGUACUGAUUAUAUGCUUACACCGUUUGGGGCAGGGCGUAGGAUUUGUCCGGGACUGCCUUUGGCUUUGAAAAUAGUGCCUCUCAUGCUUGCUUCUCUUCUAUGUGCCUUUGAGUGGAAGCUUCCAAACGGUGUUAGUUCAGCGGAUUUGGACAUGGAAGAGACCUUUGGUUUAACAGUGCACAAGACCAACCCUCUACUUGCCGUGCCUCUAAAGAAACGGGCAAAAAAUUAAUACUUAGUUUUGUUUGAAGAGAAAAAUUUCACAAACAUAUAUGAAUCAUCAGUUCAUCACCCUAUGAUUUGAAUAAAAUUCAUAUCGAAGUGUCUGUUUUUUUUCCUUCUUUUUUGUAUUUUUCAGCUGAUUAGACUCUAGUUUACAGUAAGCCAAAGAAAAAUAUGUUUGUUGCUACUUGCUCAACAUUAUUAAUUUAUCUAUAAAAAUCAUA